UCAGCGUUGUAUUCUUUAGUAGUAGUCUGAGAAAGCCAUCUCCAGAAAGUUGGUUGGUUUGUUGAUGGUUGUUGUGGGAAGGUGGUGGAGGGGCUGUUUGAAGUCUACAAGAUUGCGCGCGCUGACAGACGUGUACGUACGCGUGCGUAGAAACUGUGACGACACAACUUCUUUUUGAGAUAAAAUUUAUGUUUGCUCUACCUCGGUAUAAAUGGUUAGCUUUCAUUGUAUGAUCUAGAUCGUCUUCUCUUCUUCUUCAGUUUGUCUUCCGUGUGCUGAAUUCCAAACUACAAUGACUACUUUAACCGAAGGUGGAGGCUACAAAUUCAAAAGCCUUAUAAUUGAGGGUAAGACUAAGCAAGUGUACGAGCUAGUGGACCGCCCCGAUGAGUGUGCCGUUGUGAGCAAGGACCGCAUCACCGCUGGAGAUGGCGCCAGGGCUCACGACCUCAAGGGCAAGUCGCAAAUCUCAAACAGGACAACUUGCAAAAUUUUCCAACUUCUCAGUACCGCUGGUAUCAAAACUUCGUUUGUCCGCGAAGCGAGUGAAAACAUUUUCAUAGCGAGAAAAUGCGCGAUGGUUCCCAUCGAAUGGAUCACGAGGCGCAUCGCAACAGGCUCUUUCCUAAAACGCCACCCCGGCGUUCCAGAGCACUUCCGCUUCAAUCCACCUAAACAAGAAACAUGCUUCAAGGACGACGAGAACCAUGACCCGAUCUGGUCUCAAGAGCAAAUAAUUAGCGCCAAUUUCAAGUUGAACGGCCUUGUGAUUGGCAGAGAUGAGGUGGAAAUAAUGCGACGCACCGCACUUUUGGUAUUCGAGGUUCUGGAAAAAGCCUGGGCCUCACGAGACUGCACUCUUGUCGAUAUGAAAAUUGAGUUUGGAGUUGACGCUAAAGGUGAGAUGCUUGUGUCUGACGUAAUCGACAGUGAUUCAUGGAGACUGUGGCCGGCAGGUGACAAGAGUCAGAUGAAGGACAAGCAGGUGUACCGCAAUCUGACCACUGUCACUCAGGCUGACCUGGACACCGUGAAACGCAACUUCACCUGGGUGGCUGAUCAACUGGAGUUCCUCAUCCCUCCCACUACAGGCAGGGUGGCAGUCUUCAUGGGAUCUCCCUCCGACGAGGAACACUGUCGCAAGAUCAAAAAGGAGUGCAAAGCGCUCAGCAUCCCCUGUGAUCUGCGAGUAAGCUCUGCGCACAAGGGUACUGAGGAGACACUGAAUAUUCUGGCCGAGUAUGAGGGCAGCGGAGAGCCUGUGGUUUUGGUAGCUGUCGCCGGACGAAGCAACGGGUUGGGACCCGUACUCUCUGGUAACUCUGUGUUGCCCGUCAUCAAUUGUCCACCAGUCAACUCGAGCAACGUCACCCAGGACAUCUGGUCUUCCCUGAAUGUGCCAUCAGGUCUGGCCUGCACCACUGUCAUCUACCCGGCUGCUGCCGCCCAGGCAGCUGCUCAGAUCCUCGCUUUGAGCAACCACAUGGUUUGGGCCCGUCUGCGCGCGCAGGCUCUCAAUAACUAUAUCUCACUCAAGAAGGCCGACAAAGCUAUGCGUGAUACUAAGGAAUGAAAGCCCCUCAUUCCACCAUAAGAAAGAGUGGAUUACCACAAGUAAGGGUGGAAUGCCACUCAUUCCACCAUUACAAGCCACCAUAAUUGCCUUACAAGUAGGCACAUAUUCGGGACAACAUGGUUUUAAUGCAGAAUGGUACAAAAACAAUGAAAUUGAAUGCCUCCAAGACUGAGAAUUUAUAUAAGAUUUUAUAUGCAUAAUCAAUCUGUGAGAGACCAAACUAGAAAACCUUGUCAGCUCAAUUCUCACCUAUAUCUAUAUUUACUAUUAGUGGUAAGCUAAGAGCCAUAAUGUACACCAUAUACGUUUAAUGCUUAUCUAGGUUUACAUGAAGACCAAAAAUUUACUUAUAUAUAAAUACUUCAAUCGACGUAUUUAUUAUAAUGCGUUUUUCAUUCAUGUUUCAAACCAACUGCUCAUUAAUCUCCGUUUAAACCGAGAUGGUGCAUGUGGUUCUAAUACAGAUAAAAUGUGUGGAAUUUAUAUAGAAAUUGGCGUUCUUCAAACAGCCUUUACAGCUAAUCACUACUCAUUCUAUAUAUUUUGUCGUAUUAUAAUGUUAUUACUGUAUUCUGUUUACAUUGUCAAUUCAACGCAUUGCUUGUUAUUAUUCUGGCCAUUCAUUAGAGUGCAAAGCUUGAUACUUUGUCCGUUUCAAAUAAUAGUUUUCUUAUAGUAUGUAUUAUAAUUCCAUUAUACUUGAGUGUCAAUUUGAUGCAAUAUUAAAACUGUUUAUUAUUCUAUGUAUUCUUCGUCGAUUUGAAUCUUUUAAAUGCAUUAUAUUAUUUUUCGUGCAUUUGUUAUUCAUAAAAGAGCUAACGUUUUGUAUUUUUUGAAUCAACUUGUUUGUGAUUUUAUGAAAUGCCUUCCUCAUAUUUGUAAUAAUAAACAUAUUUCCAACUAUCU